AUGUCUCGGAACAACUGGGAGCUGGUGGUUGACAUUCUCUCCUAUAAACUUUCGCAGAAGGGACACAGUUGGAGUGCGCUUAAUGAUGUCGAAGGGACAACAGCAGAGGCCCCGGAGGGGCCUGAAUCUGAGAUGGAAACCCCCAGUACCACCGUGGACAACCCAGCUGGUCACCUGCUGGACAGUCCUGCACCGCCUGGAGCCAGGGGCCACGGCUGCGGCGUGGAUGCCCCCGAGGCGACCCCCGUGGACCCGGUGAAGCAAACGCUGAGGGAGGUGUGUGAUGACUUUGACCGAAGGUUCCAGCAGGCAUUCAGCGACAUGACGGCCCAGGUCCACAUCACCCCAGCGACGGCCCGGCAGACCUUCGAGCAGGUGGUGGACGAACUCUUUCGGGAGGAGGUCAACUGGGGUCGGAUCGUGGCCUUCUUCGCCUUCGGGGGGGCCCUGUGCGUGCAGAGCGCAGACAAGGAGAUGCGGGGCUUGGUGGGUCAGAUUGCAGCUUGGAUGACCACCUACCUGAACAGCCACCUAGACCCUUGGAUCCGGGACAACGGCGGCUGGGACACCUUUGCAGAACUCUACGGGAACAACGCGGCGGCCGGGAGCAGGAGAGUCCAGGAACGCUUUCAGCGCUGGAUGCUGGCGGGCAUGACCUUGGCUGGCAUGGCCGUCCUGGGCUCGCUGUUCUUCAGUCGGAAAUGA